CUGCCCCGGCCCACAAUGCACAGCGGCGAGCACGGCCCGCGUGCAAGAUGGCGGCAGAGCGGCAGGGCGGCCGCGGCGGGGCGGAGGAGAACAAGGAGAACGAGCGGCCGGCGGCGACGCGGAGCGAUGGCCUCAGUGACAGCCUGGGGUUGGAGAUCCUUCAGAUUGUGAAGGAGUCCCAGCAGCAGCACGGCUUACGACAUGGGGACUUCCAGAGGUACAGGGGUUAUUGCUCCCGGCGGCUGAGGCGGCUCCGAAAAACUCUCAACUUCAAGAUGGGGAACAGGCACAAGUUCACUGGGAAGAAAGUGACAGAAGAGAUUCUCUCAGACAACAGGUAUUUGCUGUUGAUUUUGAUGGAUGCAGAGAGAGCGUGGAGUUACGCCAUGCAGCUCAAACAGGAGGCCAACACGGAGCCUCGCAAACGCUUCCACCUGCUGUCCCGCCUGCGCAAGGCUGUGAAGCAUGCUGAGGAGCUGGAGAGGCUGUGUGAGAGUAACAGAGUGGAUGCCAAAACAAAGCUGGAAGCUCAGGCAUACAUGGCUUACCUCACAGGGAUGCUUCGUUUUGAGCACCAGGAGUGGAAAGCAGCAAUGGAGGCUUUCAACAAGUGCAAGACCAUCUAUGAGAAGCUGGCCAAUGCUUUCACAGAAGAACAAGCUGUGCUGUACAACCAGCGUGUGGAGGAGAUCUCUCCCAACAUUCGUUACUGUGCCUAUAAUAUUGGUGACCAGUCGGCUAUGAAUGAGCUGAUGCAGAUGAGGCUGAGGUCUGGUGGCACUGAAGGCCUUCUUGCUGAAAAACUGGAGGCACUGAUUACCCAAACUCGAGCAAAGCAGGCAGCCACAAUGAGUGAAGUGGAGUGGAGAGGAAGAACUGUUCCUGUGAAGAUAGACAAAGUGAGGAUCUUCUUGCUGGGCCUGGCAGACAAUGAGGCUGCCAUUGUCCAGGCAGAAAAUGAGGAGACCAGGGAACGUUUGUUUGAGUCUUUGCUCAGUGAGUGCAGAGACGCCAUUCAGGCGGUGCGGGAAGACCUGAAACCAGACCAGAAGCAACGGGAGCACUCUCUGGAAGGUGAUUCUGGGAAGGUGUCCAACAUACAGUACUUACACAGUUAUCUGACUUACAUCAAGCUGUCCACCGCCAUCAAGCGCAAUGAGAGCAUGGCAAAGUCCCUGCAGAAGGCACUGCUGCAGCAGCAGCGCUCAGAAGAGGAUGGCAAACGCACCCCACGGCCUCAGGACCUGAUCCGCCUUUAUGAUAUCAUUCUACAGAACCUCGUGGAACUGACACAGCUUCCUGGCCUGGAAGAGGACAAGAAUUUCCAAAAAGAGAUUGGAUUGAAGACGCUUGUGUACAAAGCUUACAGGUGUUUCUUCAUUGCACAGUCCUAUGUACUGGUCAAGAAGUGGAGUGAAGCUCUGGUUUUAUAUGAAAGAGUGCUGAAAUACGCUGGUGAAGUUCAGUCAGGAGCUGGAGCUUUUACAAACAGCUUGAAGGAGCUGCCUGACGUGCAGGAUCUGAUCACUCAAGUCAAUGCAGAAAAAUACUCCUUGCAAGCAGCAGCUAUAUUGGAUGCAAAUGAUAAUCAUGAGACUGAGUCUCCGUCUCAGGUCAAGGAUGGCAAGCCACUCUCAGAACGGUUUGAGACCUUCUGUCUGGAUCCUUCUCUGGUCAGCAAGCAAGUCAGCCUCGUGCACUUCCCUCCGGGCUUCCAGCCCAUCCCAUGCAAGCCCUUGUUCUUUGACCUGGCCCUUAAUCAUGUUGCUUUCCCACCUCUGGAGGACAAGGUGGAGCAGAAGGCCAAGAGUGGCCUCACGGGAUACAUAAAGGGCAUCUUUGGAUUCAAAAGUUAACCAGGACCCCUCUGAGGAACAGAGGUUUUAAUCUGUGUUGAAGGAGAAGCUCCAAGAGGUUCUAGGACAUAAACAUCUGCACCUGAAACCAACAGAGGGGGAGGCUUUGCCAUCUUCUUCCCUGUGUUCUGUGUGUAUGUCUGUGCACUCACACUCUCUCCUGGUGUAUUAAAGACAAGCAAUCUGUUCAGACACUUAAGUACACUAUAAAUAGCUGAAAAUAAUUUGGAGCACAGGCACAUGGCGUUCUGCUCGGAGGAGUUGGAGUGUGCUUUGUGGCUGUGCUGGGGGUCGGUACACGUUCACUUACAAGGCACAGGCAUAACUUGAUUCUCCCCCUGCACUGUUAUUUGGCAUGGAUUUUGUUCCAGAAGUUUGGGUAUGAUGGGGAAAUGAGGUGACACUGAAACAGUGAGCUGAGGCUGCCUACACAGCGUGUGGAAACAGCCAGGGGGGGCUCCUUGCCUUUCAGCCCCCAGCCCCUGCUAAGGAUCAUGUAUAGUUAUGUAAAGAGGAAUUUCUUUAUUGUUUAACAUUCAGCAAUCACAAACCAGAGCCUCUUUCCUUAUCAGUAAGGAUGGUAACCAUUGUAGCAAAUGCUAAUGGUUACCCCUGUUGUGUUGGCGUGUAACUGGAGUUUGUGCUUGGGGCUGAUAGGGUUGUUCUUUGUUGAUCCACGCUCUGUUAGGUGACUAAAUGCAGCAUCAAACCCAUUGCUGCAAGGCUUUCCUUGGGAAGCUGCAGCUUCGUGGGUGUCUGUAGGGAUAGCUGCUUCAUCUUCACGGGAAGCUGGGGCUCUGGGUGUUCAUUCUAUCUCUGAUCUAAACCUUGUCUGUUGCUUUUUCCUCAUCCUUUGCUGGUAGAUGAGCCCGACAGCAGAACUAAGCGACUGCUGGGUUCUUGAGUGAUGGCUCUUGGUUCUCCUGAAGCAGCUGGGUGCUGUGGUGAUGGGCACUUCCAGAAUGCCAGUAACUCCAUAAUCACAUUCAUUGAAGAGGGAUGGGGAGGGGGGGAGGGAAAAAAAAAAGCACAUGGGCAGAACUGGUCCUAAAUAAAGUGUUUGGAAGCUCUCAUCAGCCAAGUUUGGGUUCUCAGUGUUUGCAGCUGGGAGUGGAGCACUGCAUUGUUCUGCCUGCCGUGUCCCCGUGUUUGGGCACUGCAAUUAAUAGGGGUGGGAGCAGAAGAAUGGCUUUAAAUGAUUUGACUGUUGUGGGAAUGAUGAAUGAGGGGAAUUAAUUCCCAUCAUUUCAAGCUGAAUGUUCUCUGCUUUGUUCCGAGCUGACAGGUGGGUUCUCAGAGUACAGAGCAGCUUUCAAGAGGAGGAGGGGGAGCCUCUUGUUCUGUGUGCAGUUCUUUCAGUGGAGAUUUUUGGUGUUCUGGCAAGUUCCAUUAGCCCACAUACAGCAGGGGGUUUCACAGCAGAGGGGAGUUGUGGAAAUGAAGCACUGAGGGCUGUUUAUUCACCAGGUGAUGAUUUCUAGAACAGCCUUGGAUGGCAGCUUCCCAUGAAGCCAGUUUCCCUUUGCACGAGGAGAGGUCCUGCAGUAACUGAGCUGUCAGCUGGUUGAUGGCUUCGUGGUGCUUUAAUCUGAGCUCUCUUCUGCUUUUCUGCCAUCAGUUUGAGAGCCGUCAUCCUGUUUGAUUUGUGAGCCAGGCUCCUUUCUGCCCUCCUGCCACAGGUCUGUGGUGCCUGGAUUGAUUCCAGUGAAACUGGUAUUGCCACCACUCUAAUUUGUCACUGUUACAGAAAGCCAGGAGCAACAUAAAGCAUCGUGCAGAAGAUAACUGAUGCGUUGGAUGCAGAUAAGGAACCUGCAAACAAUAAAGUCCUUUUCCUGA